AUGAGUAUUUUUGCUUUAAUAGUUAUCAUAUUUCUAUAUGCAUUUAUUGUGUUGCCAAUUUUUUGCUUUUGUACACGAAUCGAAAGUAAAACUUUGGCGAGAUUGUGUCCGCAGGGAUAUCGAAAUUGCCAUCGACAUUGUCAACGGACAGUACGGCAGCAUACGUGGCGUAAUUACAAUGGUCUGGACCACCGUUUCGACGAUAUGAAAAUUACUUCAACUUAUUCUCAUUUUCCUCUCUCUCCACAUCUAUCUAUUCCAGAUCGCCAAGGAAACAUAUUCACAAUUGCCAAUGAGGCGCCUAACAACACAUUGCCACAUCGAUGCAGUGACUUUUUCUAUGUCGACCCGGCCGCUGAAGAUGCUGCACGCAUUCGAGCACAACUUGAGAAGGAUGAAAAGGAUUUGCCCACCUAUGAGCAAGUAAUGGCAAUGAGCGUAGCCCAAACGGCGGCUGGAACUCUAGAGCCAUAUACCGCAUCGAACACCUCUAUUGCAACCACCGAUACGACGGUACCGCCUUAUUCGGAGAUCGAUCGAAGUGUGAUACAUCCAGCAGCAACUGCAAAUGUCACUUCUUCCGCUAUUCCUCUUCAAACGCUGAAUGUUGGUGGUACAGUGGGGGGGCCAAUAGGAAAUACGCAAGCGGCAACUGGAGCGGCAUCUACAUCGCGUGCUGCCGCCGCAGCUGCUACAAGUACACCGAUAACAGUGGUGACUAUUGCCAAUUCAGUGUCAAAUACGAGCGUGUAGUAUAUUUAGUAUGCGCCCGUUGUCUUCCUGCUCCUGUGUGUGAUGUCCGACGAACGCGUUAAGUAUGUUGUGAUGUAUAAAUAACGCUAAUGCUAGGACUCAAAACGUUUCCCUAUAAAUAGUUGCCUUCCCCAACUUUUCUGGAUUAAAACCUGUAAAACUGUCAAAAGGCAAAAGAAGCCAGAGAACCGAGUACGGGAACGCUUUUUGGCAAA